GCUUGGUACUUUCAACAGUCAGUAUGUGUUUGUCAGGCUGAUUAAUUCCAUGGCUUUGGGCCGAGUGUCCGAGUGGGGGGGUAUAUAAAUGUGCCCUACCCUCCUGGAUACUCGUCUACUCAAUUUCUUCUACUUGCCUCGAGUGUAUCUCCAUAUCGAAUUUAGAAGCUCAUCAUACUUCAGACGUCAGCAUGUCCACCCAAACCAAACGCCUCACCCUCCCCAAAUCCAACAUCUCCAUCUUCUACCGCGAACAAGGCGACAAAGACCGUCCGGUCAUCCUCCUGCUGCACGGCUUCCCCUCCUCCUCCCACCAGUACCGCAAGCUCAUUCCCCUCCUCGCCGAAAAGUACCGUGUGAUCGCUCCGGAUCUCCCAGGCUUCGGCUUCACCGAGGUCCCCUCGACGCCAGAGUUCAAAUACACAUUCGCGAGCCUCGCCUCGACAAUCGGCGAGUUCCUCGACGUCCUUGAGAUUAAAAAGUUCAUCGUCUACAUCUUCGACUACGGCGCGCCGACGGGCCUGCGUCUAGCCCUCGAAAGACCACACGCAAUCCAAGCCAUCAUCUCACAGAGCGGGAACGCGUACGAAGAAGGCCUUGGCGAAUUCUGGGACCCGAUUCGCAACUUCUGGGCAGGAGACAACACCCCCGAAGAGCGCGAAUCUCUCAAAAGAGCCCUUCUAUCCUUCGAAGCAACACGCUGGCAAUACGUCGAGGGAACGCGCGACCUCUCAACCAUCGCGCCGGAAUCCUACCACCUCGACUACGCGCUCCUGCAGCGCCCGGGCAACGAUGAGAUCCAGAUUGAUCUGUUUAGGGACUAUGCGAGUAAUGUGAAGCUGUAUCCGGAGUUCCAUAAGUACUUCAGGGAGAGGCAGGUUCCGCUUCUGGCGAUUUGGGGGAGGAAUGACAAGAUUUUUGUGCCGGAAGGGGCGGGGGCUUUCAAAAAGGAUUUGCCGGAUGCGGAGGUCAAGUUGAUUGAUGCGGGGCAUUUUGCUGUGGAGAGUGAUGCUGGCUUGAUUGCGGAGAAAGUCCUGGGCUUUUUGGAAAAGAAUCAGGUUUAGUAUGAUCAGCGUGGGCUUCAAGUAUGUUCAUUUAAAGAGACAGACUAUCUAUCAACGGCUGCCUCCGCUUUUCUUAGCGAUGAAGGCUUCGCGCUUUGUGUCUGUCAUUUGGCCUCUGGUUGUCUGCUCUGAAAAAAACUCAGCACGUUUCACAACUCUGAAUUCGGAUCAAAGAACAAACUAUAAUACAGCGCUCCUAUACUUACUGAUCCUCUCGGUAAUCAUGUCCUCGGG